GCUCACCAGACCGACUUUUUGGCAUGCUGGCGCGAACGAGUGGACGAUGCCUGCGGCUUGUGGCUGGCCGCCCAGCGCUGCGCCGUCGCUUUCUCCAUGCGACAGCCAUUUCUCUUCAGAGCGCUUUCAGUGUGGAUGAUUGCUCGCCCAUCGAUCUUCUAGCGGCGGAGCGCUUGCAGAUGGCGCAGAGCGUACUCCAGACCACCACCAACGACGACGACCUCGGAGUCGUCUCGGACGUGCUCUUGCGGCUCUCGAUGGCGCGCGAUGUCGCCCGCGCCAAGACGCUCGUGGAGCUGAUGCACGAGAACGAUGUGCUCGCAACGGCGCCAGCGAUGCGCGUCUUCUCGCGCAGCUACUUUCGGGAGCACGCGAAGGACCUGCCGUCGGCGCUGCAGUGGUAUCUCGAGAACCACAAGGCGCUACUGUCACCGACACAGGAGCUGCCUCUGCAAGACGUGCUCGUGCAUCUCGUGGCCCAAGGCCAAGCGGCGGCGGCCAUCGAGUUCUGGCUGCUUUGGUCCGAGACGCUCCUCGAGUUGCCGAUCGACGCCAUUGCGGCGCUUCUUGCCGAGCUCGUGCGCUACGAGCAGUACGAAACCGUUAUUGGUAUGCUCGCGACCAAGCACAAGGAGAGUCUGCAACAGCUCCCGGCCUUUCACAUGGCGCACCUGGAGGCGCUCGUGGGCCUGCGCAAGUACAGCGCCGGACGCUCCCUUCUCCACGAGCUCAGAGCAACGAAUGCAGUGCCGUAUAGCGCUCGCUUGAAGGAGCUUGCCGCGCUCUGCCGCCAGCGACCUGCGACGCAGUCCAAGUAGAUACCUCUAGUCGACUAAAUCUCACCGUGCUCCCAUAUCAUUUUUCAACGGCGCAAUUUAGAGUGAGUCGCUUCC